ACCCACUCCCAGAGCUGUCAUAUAUUGAAUACUGCGCGUCACAAUACCUAUCUAUCUUCAUAGAUAUUAUAUAUCUAUUCUGUGACAGUUUUCGGAAAUGCAUUUUAUGUAGUGAUAACAAGGUUGAAAUUCGUCUGCAUAAACGAUAAACCCUAACUGUUUGCCCGGAACCUAGGUUUGCUGCAUUGAUUGAUUCCAGCUAUGCACAGUAUUGAUUUAUGAGAUGCGUCGAGCGUAGGGCGGGCGGUGCAACAUGUCGUUUCGCUUUGUUUAGUAAAUAUCUACCACAAUGUUUUUGUUUAACAUUAGAACAACAACUUAUCAUCAUAUUUUUAUUCCACAUUUUAUACCUGUGGAUCAAUCAGCAAAUGCAUUGAUGAAUAUUGCUGGCGAUUUAAAUCCAGCAAAUUUUGGUCAACAAAGGCCUGGUUUCAACAGUAAUAUACCUCAUGCAUUCACAAAUUUCACUCCAAAUUACAACCAUCCUCUACAAAAUGCUAUGUCGUAUGCUCAUGCCUCACAAACAGCAAGACAGAGUAAUCAACCACCGCCUACUGCAGCAGCUGCAGCAUCUCCUACAACACCUACCGCAGCACCUACUGCAGCACCCACAUCAACUGCAACAUCUACUGCAACAACAACUGGAGCACCUAUUGCAACAUCUAUUGCCACACCACCUGUAGCACCUGUUCCACAGCCAACUCCACAACCUGCGCCAAAAAAAAUUUUCAGCAGUACCCAAUGGAAUGACACAAUUCGUGAAGUCAUAUUGAAUUACAACAAUGGCUGGAGAAUACUUGUACUUAUGAGAGGAGCACCUGGAAGCGGAAAGACUUUCUUAUCUCGAGAGAUUCUUCAAAUGACUGUUGGCAUAGUCAAAAAUGAUCAAACACACAUAAUGAGUACUGAUGACUAUUUUAUGCACCGGGGAGUAUAUAGACAUGAUAGAAAUAGAUUACAUGAUGCACAUCUAUGGAAUCAAAUUAGAGCUCAAAAAGCUAUGUCACAAGGCAUCAGUCCUGUUAUCAUUGACAACACAAAUAUAGAGAUAUGGGAGAUGGAUCCAUAUGUUAAGGCAGCUGUAAACAAUGGUUACAUUGUGACUGUGGUAGAACCACAAACUCCGUGGUCUAAAAAAGUGCAUCAACUUGUUAAGAAAAAUGUACAUAAUGUUCCCUUUUCAUCUAUACAAAGAAUGUUAGAUAAUUAUCAGAAUGGUGUUACUGGUGAUAUGCUUGUUUCCAUUAGCGGAAUUAAAUAUCCAGCAAACCUCACACCCCCUGUUAUGCGAAGAUUUCCGCCACUUCCAAUAGAAUUGCAAAACAAUAUUUCAGGAACAGAGACAGAUGCAAGUUCUCCCAGUAGCACACCAAUUCAAAAUGAUGCAGUAAGUGGCAAUGCAUUGGAAGGUGCUUUCAAAAAUUCCAGCUCAAUUCAAAAUGAAAAUAUUGAGGAAGGUAUUUCAGAAAGUGCAAUUGGAAAUGUUUCAUCUAAUUGUAAUUCAGAAUUGCAAUCUGAUAAAUUAUCAACAGAUGUUGAAAUGGUUGCCCAAAAUACAGAUGAUAAGCAAGCUAACGUGAAGACUAAAACAUAUGCUGAGUUUAAACAACAAUUAGAAAAAUUUGAACAAGUUGAAAAAGCUUGGGAUAAUGGAGAACAAUGGGAAGAAAAUAUUCAAGUGGCGUCAUCUUCACAAGCAAGUCUACCUUCUGUGUCAACGCUCUCAAAGCCACCAAGAAAUAGAGAAAAAAGAGAUAUAGAGAGACCAAUAAUAUCUUUAAAUCCAACUAAUGAUUGGAGUCAGUUGUCACGGCUUCCUUCGUCGAGUAACAGCUCUCCAAAAAUUGUGGAAACUACCACACCAGUAAUUAAAAAGGCAUCCAGCUCAACUGGUUUUGAAAUUGGAGAUACUGAUAUCAAUAGUAAAAACAAUCACUUUAAAGUGAUAAAUGCUGUACCUAGAGAUAUCAAUAUUUUCGUUACAGACAAAAUUGAAAAAAUUCCAGACCAACGAAUGUUUGAUAAAAGCACUUCAACUAAUAAUGAACUCAUAUUGAUGAAACCUAUAAGAUGUCAAAACGAAGAACAACAUUUUAAAGCUUUCAGAAGGAUGUUUAGCCACAUUCCAUCAGCUGAAUUGAGAGACAUAUUUGAAAAUUGCUGUGGGGAUGUCAAUUGGGCUGUUGAAAUCGUUAUUGAUGGCAUGGAAAAUAGACAAUAUCCUUUCUCAAAUGAGGAGAAAAUCUCUGAUGAUGAAGAUGACGCCAUAAAUAUCGAGUCUUGUCAAUGUCUCGCAGCUUAUAAUCUUAUACCCGAUAAUCGUCCGAUUUUAACCGAGAAGGAAAAUCCUUUAGUUGAGAAGAUAAUUGCUGAAAGCAGUGCACCGAGUACGUCCCCCAAAAAAAUUCGUAAAGAUAUUCCAGUAUCUGAUGCGUCUAUUCAAAUUAAACGCCAAAUUGAAAAGAACGUUGUUAUUUCUGAUAAUCACUAUUCGCAACACUGUUUGAAAAUAAGGAAGUCACGUCGGGGAGAAAAUGAUGAAGCAGGAAAUGGUGAUGAGAAUAAUGAAGAUACAGUGAAAAUUGAAAAUUCCCAACUUAUGGGAAAAGAUCAAUCAGUUAUAAAUGAUAACAAUGAAAAAUUAUUCAACAAUGAAAAUUUUCCUGAUAUUAAGGAAGGUAAAUAUAAAUUUAAAAAAAGAAACUCUCUCCGGGGUGAUUCAAACCAAGCUGAAGACAUUGAAAGUAGUCUGAAUAAAGAUGAGUAUGGAAAUACAAAUGAUAAUCAAGAUAAAAAAUUUGAUUAUUUGGAAUUUAGUGAUCAACCAGGUACUUCAAAGAGCACAGAGAUACUUGAGGAUGUUCCAAGCACAUCACAAAACAACGAUUGUGACAGUGAUUUUGACGACGAUGAUUGUUUCGAUGAGGUUGAUAAAACUGUUAAUGUUACUAUUGGAAAAGAAUUUGUUAGACAAUUAGAUAGACUUUUUGGACGUGAAGAUAUGAAGUAUCCAGACAGUGUUUUACCAAAGAUCAACGCUCCUAUAUCAUUGUUAAAUAAAUUAAAUGCACUUUGGAUGGAAUCCUUGACACACCAACUAGAUCAGGAGAACAAACAAACCGAAGCUAUGAUUCAACAGGAUGCUGAAUUUGCCAGGGAACUGGCAGAUAAAGAGGAGGAGAUGUUGCUUGCCGGAAAAGAAUCACAAUUACCAUAUUUUAGUGAAAUUAUGGAUCUAGAUUAUGCUCUUUCGUUGUAUCAAAAUGAAGUUGAAGAAUGGCUCAACAGCGAACCUCGUACUCUAGCGGAUAAAUUAAGUAGAGAUAAAUUGUUUGAUUUAUUCCCUGAUCUGCCCACCGAUUUCUUGUUAAAUGUACUGGUGUCUAAUCAUAACAGAUUCAACGACACUGUCGGGGAAGUGCUCUUAUCAAUAGGUAGAGGAGACAUUGUCGAAGAGACCAAUGGGAUCGAAAAAUUUCUUAGGGACAAAGCAUUGGAGGCCAAAAAAAGAAUUGAAGAGCAGCGUACCGCGCUUUCUGCAGAAGAAUGGCCAUUGUUACCAAGGGAUGGGUUAAUUACUAUGGAAGAAGUGCAGCAGUACAGAGACGAAGCUGCACACCAGUUAAAAUUGAGGCAGAAGAGUUACCAGAAAGCGCAAGAUUACAUGCAGAAAGGUUUAUUCCCGGCAGCCUCGUUUUUCUCAAGGGCUGGAGCGUAUCACACAAAGAUGUACGAACAGGCCAAUAGUAAAGCUGCCGUGGCGCUGGCUGCAGUGAACGCGCAACACUGCAAGAGCAAUGCGACGUUGGAUUUGCACAGUUUCCAUGUGCGUGAAUCGAUGGAAUCAUUGGAUUUGUUCCUCGAUAUUCACAUACAGAAAUUGCGGCAGAUCAAAGGCAAAAAUGGCGUCAGAUCGUACACGUUGUAUUUUAUCACCGGUAGAGGGCUGCACAGCCCGAGUGGCCCGCGGGUAAAACCAGCUUGCAGGAAACGCCUGAAGGAGAGAGGAUUGUCCUAUUACGAACUGAACCCGGGUCUGCUUGCUGCUAGAGUGACUCCCCAUAACCUAUUGUCUGACGAGAUUGCUUAGCGCAACCGAGCUAUGUACCGUUGCUCAGCCCUUCCCAUAGACAUAUACAUCGGGGAAUAUGUUUGGGUUGAUGCGGGUGUUUUCGCUUCGUUCUUUUGACUAUAUAUACUGUGUAGUGUUAUUAUAGUAAGCAGUGUUAAUCUAUGGUGUCAUAAAUAUUAUCGUACUAAAAUUGUAGCUGUUUGACGUUGAAAUUCUUAGAGCCAGCGCGCACGAGCAACUUCGUCUCCGCAACUAUUUUGUCUCUCCCAUCAAUUUGUAUGAGGAGUUGCGUCGCUACGUGCGCGCAC